GCCUCGCUCCUCUCCAUAUAUGGUUAAAGGCACGCCCACUUGCGCGUCAUCCUCUGACAGCGAGUAUCCCGUGGGUCUGGAGUUUUUGGCUCCCGGGAAAGGUUCCAGUCCUGGGGGAUAGAGGGUUGAGUUUUGUAUGCUUCCAUCCAUUCUGCAAAGACACGCUAAAGGCCCCUCAUCAUCCUCUCCCGUGUCCGGGAACACCUCCACGGUGAUCAUUUACGCGUUUAUUUGUCUUUUGGAGCCAGAAGUGGUGGAUUCAGCAGUGUCCCGAAGCCUUUUUUGAUGCUGUUGUUAUAGGAUGACACCAACCUAAGAGCCUCAUCAUCAACAGCACAAAGUUACAAGAAAUGUUUAACUGAAUUAAAGAAAGAAAGUGCAACAAAUAUCCCCGAUCUUUGAGCGACUUCUUCGCGCGCUUCUUCCACGGGAGUAUCGCAUCCAUCCAAACAGGCUGUUGGAGGGGCUUGAGAAUCUUUACGCACUGAAUCGUUCAUGUGGUGCCAACGCAGGACGGACUGAAGAAGGACUCAGGACUGAGAACUGGAUGUUCUUUUCUUCUUCUUCUACUCUUUUCAACAAAUCACAAACAAACUCUUAUUGAUAUCCGAAGGGUCUGUUGGAGGAACGACGCGCCCCUGUUCACAAUCUAAUUUCAUCUCUUUGGCUGGAAGUGGGUUGCACGCGAACUGUUUUAAUGUUUGGGAUUCAGGAAAAUAUACCAAGAGGGGGGACCACUAUGAAAGAGGAACCGUUGGGCAGUGGCAUGAAUUCGGUCCGAUCGUGGAUGCACACGGCUGGGGUGGUGGAUGCGAACACGGCCGCCCAGAGUGGUGUUGGUCUGGCACGGGCGCAUUAUGAGAAACAACCGCCAUCCAACCUCAGAAAAUCCAAUUUUUUCCACUUCGUCCUGGCGCUUUAUGACAGACAGGGACAGCCAGUGGAGAUCGAAAGGACAACUUAUAUGGACUUUGUGGAAAAGGAGAAAGAACCUAACAGUGAAAAAACUAACAAUGGGAUACAUUACAAACUACAACUAUUGUACAGCAACGGCGUCAGAACAGAACAGGAUCUAUAUGUUCGGUUAAUCGAUUCCAUGACAAAACAGGCUAUUAUUUAUGAAGGGCAGGACAAAAACCCAGAAAUGUGCCGAGUUCUCCUCACACACGAAAUCAUGUGCAGUCGGUGCUGUGACAAAAAAAGCUGUGGCAACAGAAACGAAACGCCUUCAGACCCCGUGAUCAUCGACAGAUUCUUUUUGAAAUUCUUCCUCAAGUGUAACCAGAACUGUCUGAAGAAUGCAGGAAAUCCAAGAGACAUGCGCAGAUUCCAGGUCGUUGUAUCCACAACAGUUAACGUGGACGGUCACGUGUUGGCCGUGUCGGACAACAUGUUCGUCCACAACAACUCAAAACACGGCAGAAGAGCCCGCCGUCUUGACCCCUCAGAAGGUACGGCCACUCCUUAUCUGGAGAAUGCAGCUACGCCGUGCAUAAAGGCCAUCAGCCCAAGUGAAGGCUGGACCACUGGUGGAGCCACCGUCAUUAUCAUUGGCGAUAAUUUCUUUGAUGGACUGCAAGUCGUAUUCGGCACCAUGCUAGUAUGGAGCGAGCUCAUAACGCCCCAUGCUAUCCGAGUGCAGACCCCUCCAAGACACAUCCCGGGCGUUGUAGAGGUCACCCUUUCCUACAAGUCGAAGCAGUUCUGCAAAGGUGCACCAGGACGAUUUGUAUAUACAGCUUUGAACGAACCAACUAUCGACUACGGCUUCCAGAGACUGCAAAAGGUCAUUCCCAGACAUCCAGGUGAUCCGGAGAGGUUGCCCAAGGAGGUGUUGCUAAAACGAGCCGCUGACCUUGUGGAAGCCCUGUACGGAAUGCCACACAACAACCAGGAAAUCAUUCUGAAGAGGGCCGCAGAUAUCGCAGAGGCCCUGUACAGCGUCCCACGUAACCACAACCAGAUCCCGUCCCUCGGCAAUACAGCCUCUCAUGGCGGAAUGAUGGGUGUCAACACUUUCGGCAGUCAGCUCGCAGUCAACGUCUCAGAGACCUCACAAGGUAAUUACCAGGUCGGCUACAGUCGCAACACCAGCAGCGUGUCACCUCGCGGUUACGUGCCAAGCAGCACCCCGCAGCAGUCCAACUACAACACUGUCAGUAACAGCAUGAACGGCUACGGCAACACGGGAAUGCCCAACUUGGGCGUCCCCAGUUCACCGGGCUUCUUGAACGGCUCCUCCGCGAACUCUCCCUACGGCAGUAAGUAUCAAGUCGUUCCGUCGAGCCCAACAAUGGCAGCCUCUUCGGUCAGCCUCUCUUCAAACUGUAGCAGUACACACGGCAUUUUCUCAUUCUCACCUGCAAAUGUCAUCUCUGCAGUGAAACAAAAAAGCGCCUUUGCUCCAGUUGUCAGGCCCCAAGCAUCUCCACCUCCUUCUUGCACCAGUGCAAAUGGCAAUGGACUUCAAGCAAUGUCCGGACUGGUGGUCCCACCCAUGUAAAUUGCACUCCCUUCCCUUGUAAAGCAGCCUUCUCUUCGUCGGGGACAAAGCGUAGUCCAUAAAGGAGGUUUCUCCUCGAAAUAUCAUUCGUCAUGAAGUUAAUCAGCAGCUAAUUCUGUUAUUCAGAGGAAAAAAGACACUUUGUUUCAAAGAUUUUAUUCAAACGAAUAUAAAUUUACAUGCAAGCGACUUCGUCAUGAGCAAUUACAUUUUAGGGACUGGAAUCUCUUCUCAUAUUUUCACAAUCCAAAGGGGAAAAAAAAAGAAAAAAAAAACAUCCUUAUUUUGUAUAAACAUUUCUGGUUUAAUCUUGGCUAUGUCUAUGUGUGGGACGAAACAUUGUGGAUAUGCCAUUCGAUGAAAACACUGAUAAAAAAAUAAUAAAAUGUUUAAGAAUGUUUCUCUGUCACCGAUGUGUUGCUGCUGCACAUCUUCAUAAUGUGAAUUCAUUUUUCAUUUUUUUUAUUGUUAUUAUUUUUUGUUUUUAUUUUUGAUUGUGGUAAGAAAAAAGGGGGCCAAUAUAUAAAGAGCCAAUAAACUGGAAAUAAUAUAAGAUAUAUGAUUUAUAAAUCGAAAAGGCAAGGAAGAAUGAAUCGUGCGAGGAACAAGCAAACGGUGAUCUUGCCUUUGGUGAAAAUGAACUUUGUAACUUAUUGUAGGUAGCAGUUGUAACUUUGAUAUUGCAAAAAUUCUUCUCUUGCCUUCAACAAGCACACUAACAGAGACAAAGCACUACUGUCUGUUGGUUAAAAAAGACAUAAAAGGAACAAAAAAAGAAAAAGAGAAAAUAUUUCCACUGCUAAAGCUUCCUGUAAAGCAAGUGUGAUCUGCAAUGUUUUUCAACUUUUUGCUAGCACUGUAUAUUAUUGCAUUCUUAGGCUACUGUGAAGUCUGUUUCUUGUACCAGAAAGUUGUCCUUUUACCUCUAGCUCCUUAUCCCCUGAUGUGUUUUGUAUGUGGUUAUACAAUUGUAGACUUUUGUGAUUUUGCCAAAGUUGUAGCUAAAUAUUUAUACACUUGUCUUGAAUUUUCCAGAUUCACUUUAAUAUUUAGUACAGAGUUUUAUUCCUACAGUUAGGAGUAAAAUUGUCUAAUACAUUGCAACACUUUCACACAAAACACUUGUGGUCACUAAGGGAAUUUUUUGCAACAUAUCAUUUAUAAAUAUUGUAUUUAUCUUUGAAAUUUUGUAUAUUGCUUUCAAUCAUUUUAUUGUUUUUCACAUUACAAUGCAUCACAGAAUGUUUAGCCAAGAUUCAUUGCCUACAUUUUCGAUGUUUUGUAUUGAUAGAUUGUAUCGUCUACGCAUUUAAUUUGUAAUUCAUAAAUUUGGUUACGCCAUCCAAGACCGUCCGUCCAUUUUUUGUUUUGUUUGUUUGUUUAUUUGCUAUUUGAAGGAGCAGUCAAAUCCAUUGUUUAUUUUUAUAUUAAUUUUUAAGUUAUCUAAAAAAGUACUUUUUUUUUUUAAAGAAAACUGUUUGCUGUAUAGUCAAAAAAAAUUGUUUGUGUCACCUGACUGUAAUAAUAUUAGUAGAUAAAGUGCAUGUCAAGCCGCCCCCGUGGGGGUGGGGAAAUCCAAGUGUGGUUGUACAUUUUGUUUUUGUAGAAUUUAAAAAGUAAUUUUUACCUGCCACCAUGACUUUGCCACAUAACUCAAACCAUGUUUACAGGGAUCAAGAAGGAAAACAAUGGAAAGAAGAAGAUGAAGAAAAAAAAAACAUAUCUGGGAUGGAAAUUUACAUCAGCUUCUAAUGUUUAUUAAAAUGUGUAAAAAAAAAAAGAAAAAAAAAAAAGAAGAUUUUCAUUGAAUCUCUUGAGAGAAACAUUUCUGCUGUUUUAAUAACAAACGUACACCACAUUGAAUCUCAUUAUUUCAUUCAGAUCAAUGGUGUAAAAAGCACAAACAUUUUUUACUAAAAUAAAAAAUAAUUAUUAUUGUGA